CGAUCGAGGGAGCAGAACCGGGAGAACGGCGCGGAACUGUUAGCUCAGUAGGCCGGGCCUGGCUGUAGCUCCCCGGGCCUGGAGAGUCGGGCUCUGCGCCUGCGUCCACCUGGCAGCCGGCGCGGCGGCGGUCUGGGCUGCACCGCGCCGCCCAAGUGUCCGGCGAUCCAUGGGCCAGCAGCGAGGGCCACGAUGACAGAUUACGGCGAGGAGCAGCGCAACGAGCUGGAGGCCCUGGAGGCCAUCUACCCCGACUCCUUCACAGUAUUAUCAGAAAAUCCACACAGCUUCACCAUUACUGUUACAUCUGAGGCUGGAGAAAAUGAUGAAACUGUUCAGACUACACUAAAGUUUACAUAUAGUGAAAAAUACCCAGAUGAAGCUCCCCUUUAUGAAAUAUUCUCCCAGGAAAAUUUAGAAGAUGAUGAUGUCUCAGACAUUUUAAAAUUAUUAUCAGUGCAAGCUGAAGAAAAUCUUGGUAUGGUGAUGAUCUUUACUCUAGUUACAGCUGUGCAAGAAAAAUUAAAUGAAAUAGUAGAUCAGAUAAAGACUAGAAGAGAGGAAGAAAAGAAACAAAAGGAAAAGGAAGCAGAAGAAGCAGAAAAGAAAUUGUUCCAUGGCACUCCUGUUACAAUUGAGAAUUUCUUAAGUUGGAAGGCCAAGUUUGAUGCAGAACUCUUGGAAAUUAAAAAGAAACGGAUGAAAGAGGAAGAACAAGCAGGAAAAAAUAAACUAAGUGGAAAGCAGCUGUUUGAAACUGAUCAUAAUCUUGAUACAUCUGACAUCCAGUUCUUAGAGGAUGCUGGAAACAAUGUGGAGGUAGAUGAGUCAUUGUUCCAGGAAAUGGAUGACUUGGAGCUGGAAGAAGAGGAGGAGGAGGAUGACGAUCCCGACUACAAUCCUGCUGACCCAGGGAGUGACUCAGACUAACGGACUGCCCCCGUCGCUAGAGAGGCUUCACAGCCACAGCAUCUGUGGCUCUGCUGAGAGGGCUUUGAUUUUCCUUUCUUUUUUUUUCUAAGAAAAAAAUCAUUUUCAGGAGAAUAUUCUUCUGAUAGCUUACAUCAUUGAACUUAAUAAACUGACCUUAAAAUUUCAAAUAUAAAA